ACCUCUGGUUUAUGAACUUCAAAGGUUCAACAAUGGCGGGCUGUGUUCCUUGUUAUCUUCUUUCAACGUUGUUAAUUCUCUCUCUUUUGUCUUUUCCGGCCUUUGCAGUGCCCAAGGCCUAUGUUGUUUACAUGGGAGAGCACUCCCAUGGUGCAGACCCAACAGCGGCAGAUCUCGACAUUGCCACUAAUUCUCAUUAUGACUUGCUAGGCUCCUACGUGGGAAGCCAAGAGAAGGCAAAAGAGAAAAUCUUCUACUCUUACACUCACAUUAUAAAUGGAUUUGCUGCCAUGCUCGAGGAAGAAGAAGCAUCAGAACUCGUCAAGCAUCCAAACGUGGUGUCUGUUUUCUUGAACAAAGGAAGACAAUUGCACACAACAAGGUCAUGGGAUUUUCUCAGAUUGGAAAGAGAUGGUAUAAUUCCCUCUGGCUCUCUCUGGACCAAGGCAAGAUUUGGCCAAGAUGUGAUUAUUGGAAACCUUGAUACUGGCGUCUGGUCGGAAUCUGAAAGCUUUAAAGACGAAUCAAUGGGCCCAAUUCCCUCGAGGUGGAGAGGAACAUGUCAGGAUGACACAGAAGAACCAGUUAAAUGCAACAGGAAGCUGAUAGGAGCAAGGUACUUUAACAAGGGUUAUCUCGCCUUUGUUGGUGACGAAUCCAACAACACAGUGACUGCCCGUGACCUAGAGGGUCAUGGGACACAUACCCUAUCAACGGCCGGCGGCAGCCCUGUGUCGGGAGCAAAUAUUUUUGGCUACGGAAAUGGAACCGCCAGAGGUGGAUCGCCAAAUGCUCGCGUGGCUGCCUACAAAGUUUGCUGGAAACCAGUGGGAGGUGCUGAGUGCUUUGAUUCAGAUAUCCUGAAGGCUUUUGACACCGCUAUUUGGGAUGGUGUUGAUGUAUUAUCAGUUUCUCUGGGUGGAAGUCCUUCUGAAUUUUUUCAAGAUGGAAUUUCUAUAGGAGCCUUCCAUGCUGUUAGACGAGGCAUUGUUGUUGUUGCAUCAGCCGGAAAUUCAGGUCCCGAUGCUGGCACUGCAUCAAAUUUGUCACCAUGGAUUUUCACAGUAGGAGCUUCCACCAUAGAUAGAGAGUUCAUUAGUACUGUCACACUUGGAAACAAGAAAAUUUACCAGGGAGCAAGUCUUUCCGCGAAAUCUUUGCCAGAAAAGUUCUACCCAUUGAUUAGUGCUAAAGACGCGAAAGCUGCUAAUGCUUCGGCUCUAGAGGCUGCACAAUGUGAGGCUGGAUCAUUGGAUAGCAAGAAGGUGAAGGGGAAGAUAAUUGUCUGCAUUCGAGGCGUUAACGGGCGAGCUGAGAAAGGAGCGGUUGCUUAUCUUGCCGGAGCCGUGGGGAUGAUUUUGGCUAAUGACGAAAAAAGUGGGAAUGAAAUUAUCCCAGAUCCUCAUUUUCUCCCAGCUUCACAUAUUAAUUACAGUGAUGGUCAGGCCGUAUAUGCCUACAUCAAAUCCACCAAAAAUCCAGUAGCACAGAUUUCUCCAGUAAAAACAGACAUGCCCGUCAAACCAGCUCCAUUCAUGGCGGCAUUCUCAUCCAGGGGACCCAAUGUUCUUGACCCAGCAAUUCUCAAGCCUGAUAUAACUGCUCCUGGAGUGAGUAUCAUCGCUGCUUUCACUGGAGCAACUGGACCAAUUGAGAGCGAUCUUGACAAACGGCGAGUUCCUUUCAUCACCAUGUCCGGAACUUCAAUGUCUUGCCCCCACGUCUCCGGCAUUGUUGGCCUUCUCAAAAACCUCCACCCCGAAUGGAGUCCGGCCGCCAUUAAAUCCGCCAUCAUGACUUCUGCGAGAAUACGUGACAACGAAGCGGAGGCCAUGCUUGAUUCAGACAACAACAAAGCAAACCCAUUUGGGUAUGGAGCAGGACAUGUCAGACCAAACCGAGCUAUGGAUCCUGGUCUGGUUUACGACAUGAACGAGGAUGACUACCUUAACUACUUAUGUGGUCGUGGCUACAACCAGACAAACCUUCGUUUUUUCACAAGAAAGAACUACACGUGUCCCAAAUCAUUCACCUUGGCGAGCUUUAACUACCCAUCAAUGGCGGUUCCUGAUCUGGACGGCAAAGCAACACUCACUCGCCGAGUCAAGAACGUCGGCGGUGGACCGGCGACGUAUACAGCGAGAGUGAAGGCUCCGGCGGGAGUGUCGGUGGCGGUGAAGCCGGCGAGCUUGAAGUUCGAGAAAGAUGGAGAAGAGAAGAGGUUUGAAGUUGUGGUGGAGGCAAAAGGUUUGGAGGGGAAGAAGAGGGAUUAUGUGUUUGGGCAAUUGACAUGGACAGAUGGGAAGCAUAAUGUAAGGAGUCCGAUUGUAGUUAAGCACGUAUAAAUUCUAUGGAGUUUUUCAGGGAAUAAUUAGGGUUUUUUUUUUUUUAAAAAAAAAAGAAAAUUAAAUUUGAUGCUUAGUGUGUAUUUAAAACUAAAAUGUAAUGGUUAAUUUCUUCUGUUGACAAAUAAAAA